AUGGUUAAAAAGGCUGAUCGCAAAUAUGGAGUUGUGUUGGACGCGGGUUCGUCUGGCACCAGGGUGUACAUAUACCGAUGGGCCAAGAAUUCCGUUGCUCGACUCGACACAUCGUCGCUACAAACUCUUCCUGUGCUAGAAACAAAAGGGAAAUGGACGAAGAAAGUUCAGCCAGGCGUGUCGACAUUCGGUGAAGACCCUGAUUCCGUGGGUCCAGAUCACCUCAAACCACUUCUCGACCAUGCGCUCCGUCAUGUUCCCAAGAAAGCUGUCCCUGAAACUCCGAUAUUCCUCCUUGCCACGGCCGGCAUGCGGCUCCUACCAGAUCAGCAACAAAAAGACAUUCUGGGCAGUGUAUGCUCCUACAUCCGUUCCGAGACCGACUUCUCGCUUCCUGACUGUGACCUACAUGUACAAGUAAUACCUGGUGAAACUGAAGGUCUUUAUGGCUGGUUAGCCGCAAAUUAUCUGUUGGGAGGAUUCGACGCGUCGGAAGACCACGACCAUGGCAAAGGUCAUCACACAUAUGGCUUUCUCGACAUGGGUGGUGCCUCGGCCCAGAUUGCAUUUGCGCCCAAUGCCACAGAAGCAGAAAAGCACGCCAACGAUCUAACCCUCCUCCGUUUGAGAACAAUAGAUGGUGUACCGCACGAAUACAAGGUUUUCGUGACCACAUGGCUUGGUUUCGGCGCAAACGAGGCACGAAGGCGCUAUGUUGACGGUCUCGAGGAUACAUACGGUAUUGACGGCCUCCUCGAGAUGCCGGACCCGUGUCUGCCCAGAGGGGUAAAAUUGACAGAAGACGGCGAGCUCCUCGCAUCGUCCAAGGCGACCAACCCCAAGCGUUUUUUUCUGGGUACAGGUAAAUUUGAUGAAUGCUUACGGCGCACGUUCCCUUUACUUGAAAAAGACGCCCCAUGCCCUGAUGAGCCUUGUCUGGUUCAUGGAGUACAUGUCCCAGCCAUUGACUUCGAGGUCAACCACUUUAUUGGUAUAAGCGAGUACUGGCACACGACCCACGCAAUAUUCGAGAUGGGUCAUAAAGACAAGGCAUACGACUUCAACACAUAUCAAACUCGAGUUAGGGACUUUUGCGAACAAGACUGGUCACAAAUCCAGGAGGGCAUUGCAGAUAAAGCGUGGGGUGGUGGCGUUGAUGAACAAACGGCAGUUGAAGUCUGCUUCAAAGCCAGCUGGUUGAUAAACAUGCUUCAUGACGGUAUUGGGAUACCCAGAGUUGGCAUUGAAAACACUAAUACUUCGUCCCAUAAUGGAACAAAAGAGCUUCUCGAGAGCAGUAAAGAGAAGGGAUUUCUCGACCCCUUCCAGGCCGUCAACGAGAUCAGAUCCACAGAAGUGAGCUGGACACUGGGCAAAAUGAUCCUUUACGCUUCGGCAGACGUCCCUCCUGCACACGAAAAUGACUUGCCCGUUGGCUUCGGCAGCAAUGUCCCAGGAGUGCCCAACGACUUCCAAUACCCUAGCGGCGGCAUGCUUCAGGGGAUCGACCCUGCAGAUUCCGGCUCACCCUCGAAGACAGAGUCUCAGAGCAUAACCGAUCAUAUACACGAUACUCUGUUCCAUUCGGACGCACCGCAUCGAUUGCCCGGCUUCAUCUUCUUUCUCCUGAUCGUCAUAAUCGCAGCGUUUUAUCUUUGUGGACGCGAUCGGAGGUCAAGGAUCUAUAAUUACUUCAUCUCGUCACACAAGUCUUCAAGACCCCAUCUCACUUUCCUCCAGAAAAUCCUCCACCGUGGGUCCAAAGCCAGCCUGUAUGAUCGUGAUCCUGAAGACGGCACAUCGUCACGGUUAUAUGAUCCGACUGAUUUUGAGCUCGGAAACCUUUCAGCAUCUAGCUCAGACGACGAUCUCCCGGGCACACCCCGCCCAGCAUCUGGAUCAAGCCUGGGCAAGCCUCCGCUUUCCCGACAGAGUAGCCGUCGACAUCUGGACAGAAGCGUGACUCCUGUCAUUGAUCGUAAGGGGCUGGUUGUAAGAACAGAGAGUUGUGAACGACUCGGAGUAGACGCAACAGCCACCAGUGGGCGUUCGAAGAGCAGGAGUGGCAGCCCCACUAGGUGA